AAUUGACUUAGAAUAACGCCCCACCUUCAAGCUGUUGAAUACCCGCGAAACCUCACACCUCUUGGCCUCUUCUUCCUAACAAUAACCUCCAAAACCAAGACUCAGUCAUCAUCAUCUUCUUGUCUUCUUCUUCUCUUUCUUUUUCCUUUCAAAAGUCUAGUUUGCUUGCACACUAUCCGCUUAGAGACGCAGACACUCCGUUUCCUUUGAUUCCAGCAAGGAUUGUCAAAGAGAGCACCCACUUUAUCCCAGUUGAAAAUUCUCCUUAAACAACUCCCCAUUUCUGUUCUUUCGUUCUUUGAAUCCUUGAGUGCUGGACGCGGCACCAACAACAUUAAGCUUCUCUUAUUUUUGUCUCUGUACGAUCCAACUGGUCUUUUUCUGAUGGGGAUUUGCUGGGGUUCUCCAGCUACUAUUCCUACACCUACCACCACUGGUCAUCUCAGUUCAGCGGGGAUAUCUCAGACAACUACCAAUACAACUUCUACUCGGGAUAGCAACACAACUUCUCGAAGCACCAAUACAGCGUCUUCUCUGGGCAGCAAUGUCUCUGGGAAUAGCGGAUAUUCUGGGAGAAGCAGCGAUGAGGCUUUUCCAAAUGGGCAGAUCUUGCCCACCCCCAACUUGAGAAUAUUCUCUUUUGCAGAACUAAGGGCUGUCACCAAGAAUUUUAGACCUGACACUGUUCUUGGAGAGGGAGGAUUUGGUAAAGUCUUCAAAGGUUGGCUUGAUGAGAAGGCAACAGGGAAAAGUGGAAGUGGAAAUAUAGUUGCAGUCAAAAAGUUGAAUUCUGAGAGCUUGCAAGGGUUAGAAGAAUGGCAGUCAGAGAUACAUUUCUUGGGAAGGCUCUCUCAUCCUAACCUUGUAAGGCUGAUAGGAUACUGUUGGGAAGAUAAGGAGCUUCUCCUAGUUUAUGAAUUCAUGCAAAAGGGAAGCCUGGAAAAUCAUUUAUUUGGAAGGGGUUCAACUGUUCAACCACUUUCAUGGGACAUACGGCUCAAAAUUGCCAUAGGAGCAGCCCGAGGACUUGCUUUCUUGCACACAUCAGAGAAGCAAGUGAUUUAUAGAGAUUUUAAGGCCUCAAACAUAUUGCUUGAUGGGUCUUACACAGCCAAGAUAUCAGAUUUUGGUUUGGCGAAAUUGGGGCCUUCGGCUAGUCAAUCUCAUGUGACAACAAGGGUGAUGGGUACAUAUGGUUAUGCUGCUCCAGAGUAUGUCGCAACAGGGCAUUUGUAUGUAAAAAGUGAUGUGUACGGUUUUGGGGUUGUCCUGGUCGAGAUUUUGACUGCCUUGCGAGCACUUGAUACGAACCGUCCAAGUGGGAAACAUACUUUGGUGGACUGGAUCAAACCAUAUUUACAUGAUAAAAGAAAGCUGAAGAGCAUUAUGGACUCUCGGUUAGAGGGGAAAUAUCCAUCAAAAGCAGCAUUCCGAAUAGCUCAGCUUGCUUUAAAUUGUAUUGAAACUGAACCUAAGAACCGACCAUCUAUGAAAGAAGUUGUGGAGACAUUGGAGAGGAUUGAAGCAAGUGAUGAAAGGCCAAGAGAGCGUAAAGUUCGUUCUAACUACCAAAACAGCCACCAACCACUGCAGUAUCGUUCUCCGCUGCAUCCAAGGCAGGAUGGAACUAGAACACAUCAACAACCUCCACGAGUGCGGUAACUGGGUUACAACUACUUCCAAGUAAGCGCAAAUCCUCGAGUUUAUGGUGGUUUAUCUGUCAUAUAGUUUGUCAUAUCUUUAUUCAUGUAAAUUUAUAGCGAGUUAUUGUUGAAUCAUGACUUGUACGGAGAACAAGUACUUUGGUGGUGAACCUGUAAUCAUUUUAUUCAGAACAUAGAGGAGUUUUCAGAUAGAUGUAGGCCAUAUGCAGAGUAAAUGUAUGUAGAUUACUUGGUCUUUCGUAAGAGGGGAAUUCAUCUCCAUGAUGUCAAUUUCAGAGAGUUGUAGACAAAUAUGGAUUGGGAUUUUAUUGGUGGUGCCAACUAUUAAAGAAAUUCAUUACAGUUGCAUUCUUUUCUACACCAAGCUUCAUUUACCAUAUUGAUUUUCUCUUGCAUUGAACUGAAGCAGUAGUUGCUGUUUUCUUAGAUCUAAAUGGCUCAAGAAAAUUGUGAUCCCCAGCUCAACACUGGUAUUUGUGUUUAUUAGCAUAAUUUUCAUAAAUAGAAAUGACAAAAUAGCUUCUCCAGUUCUUC